AUGAGUUCUUGCAGUACAAUAACAGUAUAUUCUCAGGACAAUGAGCGUCCGGGCACCAGCAAUCGUAGUUUUGGUGAAUGCGGCUCUCGUUCACAGUUUGUACGGGAAAUCGAAAAGUGGUCCGGACUGCCACGAACUUCGACCCCAAUUAAAAACCCAGGUUGCAGCACGUCAAUUAGACCCAAUACACGUCACCGUGGACGAACGCGAGAUUCUCCUCAACUAGCAUUGGCGCAACCAAAGCUAAGUCUGACGGCAAUUCGUAGUCACUUGUCUAGCUUCCGACCAAUCAGCAGAACAGACCAGUGGGUCGAAGAUGUUAAAAAGCUGAAUCGAUACGACAAGACGGAAUAUCUUGAACUUCUCCAAGGCAGCAAUGGGAGCAACGCAAGCAUUCAGAUGCUUCUCAAAAACCAACGUCCGGAUUUGGAUGACGAAGGUGAACCGAUUGGACAGGAAACCAUCAAAGAGAGGUCUAACAACAGACAUCCGUUAGGAGAAUCCAACCCUUUGGACAAAAGCUUGAGUCCACAAGAAAAAAAUGAAACCACCUCUCGGUCGCCUCAAAGACGUCCUGCAUCCGAUUUAACCGUAUUACUUGACACUCUCCAAAACAAAAAUGGAACAAACCAGAGCAUACAAAGGCUUUUGAAGCGACAACGACCAAAUGUUGACAGCGAAGGAGAAUCUGAAGAUACAAAACGCCCCAGGAUCAGUAAAGAACCCUUGCUGCCACGAUCUGACUCUAGUUCGCCGGAGAUAUACACGAACGUUCGAGGUUGCAUGGAAAGAAACAUGGGAAUGCUUUUGAGGCAACAACAACAACGUCAAGAUGAAUCCGAAAAGAGGGCUAUUCAGGAGAAGCAGAGUACGAGUAGUGGAGCUAACUAUCCAACGUCGUUGGUGCGAACAAAACCAAAAACAUCCGAGAACUCGUCAUUGCCCCAAAUACGACUUCUGUCGAAAUCGCCGAUAUCACAUCCUGCUGAAAAUCAGAUCAACACAAGUAUGCAUAGAAACCUCAAACGCUCGACUGUUGGCUCCAACCAAGGUGAUGUUCGAGCCAGAAAAAGCUUAAGCGGUGCAUUAUCGCCAAAGGUUUGCACUGGAAUCAAUGAGAGUGUACAACAAUUGUUAAGGCAACAACGUCCGGAUGUUGAUUCCGAAGGGGAAACGAUCGAUGAAAAGAAUAAAAAUAGAUCUACUGAAAAGUCAUUGGUUUUUAAAUCAUCAGAGUCAAUGAAAUACAUUGGAGCGAAUCAAAACGUGCAAGAAAUUCUAAAACAACAACGACCAGAUCUGGACUCCGAAGGGGAAACAAUUCGAGAUGGCAGAAGUACUAGUAGCUCUCUGUCGCCUCAGCUACAAAUAAUUUCAAACGAAAUCAUUCCGAGUACACUGAAACCACUUUACGGUCAAAUUGGAAUCAACGAGACCACGCGCAGGUUUUCUCAGCAACAACAAAACAAUUUUGCUGUUGGAAAUGGAACUAUUCAAAAAAGAAAGAGUGUCAGCAGCUCACCAGCGAAAUACCGUGGAAUCAACCACAGGGUUCAGCAACUGUUAAGAGAACAACGACCAGAUGUGGAUUCCGAAGGAGAAACAGUCGAAGAAAGAAGGCCUUCGAUUACGGCAUUCAAGAUUAGAUUCAUACCAGAAUGUUUGGAACCAACUGAUACGUGGCAGGACGAAAUUGGAACUAAUGAAAGGGUGCAGAAACUGAUGAAAGAACUACGGCCGGAUGUCGACAGUGAUGGUGAAUCGAUUGAUAUAAUUUAUGAGAAACCUGACACAACAACAAGUAAGCAGAGAUCUCCCAGGAAACGAAAAUCGAUGAUGGAUUGUGAAUGGAAAACCAUUCAAACAAGAAUGAAUAAGAGUGAUACUUUAUUGCAACAGAUUAACACCGGAAUCAACGAAAGUGUACAAGAAUUGUUGAGGAAACAACGUCCAGAUGUCGAUUCUGAAGGCGAGACAAUCGAAGAAAGAAAUAAAAAAUGCACAAGAAAAUCAUUGGUUAUUAAAUCAACGGAAUCGAUGAAAUACAUUGGAGCGAAUCAAAGUUUGCAAGAAAUUCUGAAACAACAACGGCCAGAUCUAGACUCCGAAGGGGAAACAAUGCAAGACGGAAGAUGUGUCUCUGAAGCCGAUGGAGUUAGAGGCAGACACCUCAAGCAACAACGAAAUUAUGUUGCUUCUGGAGGAGGAUCUAUUCGAAAAAGGAAGAGUAUCAGCAGCUCGCCAAAUAAAUUCACUGGCAUCAACCACAUCGUUCAAGAACUGUUAAGACAACAACGUCCACAUUUAGAUUCUGAAGGAGAAACAGCUGAAGAAAGAAAAACUAGGAGCCCGACACUCAAAAUUUUAUUCAUUAAAGAAUGUCCAGAACCAACUGAGAUGUUGCCGGAUGAUAUUGGAACGAACAAAAGCGUGCAGAAACUGAUGAGGGAGCUACGACCGGAUGUCGACAGUGAAGGCGAAUUGGUAGAAACAAGUCAAACCAGAAUCACUGAUCGUUUGUUGGUGCGAUCGCAUUCAAACUCAUUUAUCCCAUUUGAAAAGUUUCGAGGCUGCACUGGAACCAGUACGCUUAAAAAAGAACACGCGAACGCAGAUUCUGAAGGGAGGGCAACUCAAAAACGAUCUUGGCAGGCACCAUCUAUUGCCAAAUCGCCGAAAUUAUUGGGAGAGCUUAAGACUGUUACUGGAUCACCUCUGAAAAUGCAAGAGACGAUUUGGCGACAACGUCAGGAUAUUGAGUUCAGAUGGGAAUCAAUCGAUGAUAAAAACAUCAGAAGAAGUUAUCAAUCAUCCCAACCGUCGCCUUAUAAGGUUACUGGAUUCAAUGGAAAUGUUCAGGAAUCACCGAAGAAGAAACAUCCAAUAAUAGACGAGAGAGAAAAAUUAUCCUUGUCAUCAACGGAUCCAUUGCCUCACAGAAAAUCACAAUCGUUGGAGAGUUCGCAUGACAGUAAACGUCUGAAACUUCCAAACGUCUUGGAUACACCAUCAAGCAGCAAACAAUCCGUACCAGAAGACACCAGUUCAACGAGUAUGAAUGAUUCUUUUGGAAGCAACCUCUCAUUCGAGCCAUGCAGUGCUUUUGAAGAAAAAUAUGCAUUCGGACCAAGAGGAAGAGUAUUGUAUAUAACAGUUCAGUGGAUAAAUCCAGGAAGAGCAGGAAUCAAAUGCAGAAUUGGGACAUGGACAGAAACUGAGUUUUGUGAUGUUAGAAAACUUUGA